AUGGCCGAGCGCAAAACCCUCCAAAAAUACUACCCAUCCGACUUCGACCCCUCCAAACUGGCCCGCUCAAAGAAAUCCUCACUCCCUAUCAGCACCGUCGUAAACUUCGCCUGCCCUUUCCGCAGCAUGCGCUGCCUCUCCUGCGGCCACUACACCACCCGUGGCAAAGUCUUCCGCAACAGCCCCAAACACAUCUCGCCUGAAACAUACCUGGGCGUAAAGAUCGUCACUCUGCACUGUAAGUGUCCCGGCUGCGGCGCGGGAAUCGUUAUUGAGACUGAUCCUAAGAAUAUGGAUUAUAGGAUUUUGAGUGGGGCGGUGAGGGGUUUUGAGGCGUGGAGAGACGAUGAGCGCGCCAAAGAUACUGAAGAGCAGCGAUUGGAGAGGCUUGAAGCUGAGGGACUUGAUGGAGGCGAUGAGAAAGCGACUAUGGAGACGCUGGAACGGAAGACUGAGGAUGCGAGGGUUGAGGUUGCUGUUGCGGAUGCGUUGGAUGAGAUCAGAGCGGCGAAGGCACGGAGAGAAGGGAUGGAUGCGAAAUUUGCCGCGGCUACCCUUGCGCCAUCGCGAGGAGUUGAGGAUGCGGAAGAUGCGGAGAUUGCGCGCGCUGUCUUCAAGGGGGCGAAGAGAUCUUCGCCGGAUUCUGGAUUAUGUGAAGUGUCGCUGCAAGUGGAGUUUGCAGUGUCUAGGCCCGCGAAGAAGGCCAAGAAGGAUUUUACGAAGACGUUGGGGAUUAGGAGGAAGAUGGAUGUCUAA